AUGAGUGCCGGCCUACUCACCGUGUCGACUACAAUUAUCAACAACGACAGCGAAUUCCCGUCCCUCGGCGGCCGAGGGACCCCCGGCUCGUUCUCGCUUCUGCCGACGACCAGCGGCUACUCGGCCAACCAGUCGCCAAUCCCCUCCGGUUAUGGUGCGAAUAAUCGGCCGAAUUAUGGUACGUCGGCAACGUCGGAAGCUGUGGGGCCAACGGAAGGGCGGGCGGAGCAGCGAUUUGCCGAGUUGACGCCCGAAGAGGCCAGUCGGACGGGCAUCAUCACCCGCCCUGACGGCGAGGUGACGAAUAUUCCGCCGGGGAUGCUGAACGACCAGUUUGGUAUGGCCGGUUUUGUGACGUAUUGGAGGAUGGCCACCGAGCAGCAACAUCUACUCUCUAUGGCCAUCGGCUACGAUCUCACCGGACUCGGGUUGAAUAUCAGCAGCAACUCUGACCGACUCCUCUACACAACAUUCGGCGGCCCUUGGGCGGAUUACCCAUGUCGGCCACAGGAUAUGGAUGCUCGUGUCCCCGUUGAGUACCUCACCAACGCCACGAUACGCGACAAGUUGCCCAACAUCCGGCUGCACAAACUCGGCGAGGACGUCCUCUUCUUCCUGUUCUACAACUGCCCCGGCGAGGUGUACCAGGUCGCCGCCGCCGCCGAAUUAUACACGCGCGACUGGCGAUUUCACAAGCAAGAGUGCAUCUGGUUGACACGGUCACAGUAUGGACAGAUCAAGGAGCAGACGCAAACAUAUGAGAACGGCAGCUAUAUGGUGUUCGACCCGAUCCAGUGGCGGAAGGUGCCCCGGGAAAUGAAACUGGAGUACAAGUAUUUGGAAGAGCGGCCCAAACUCCCGCCCUCGAUGCAGAUUGGCGCCUCGGGGGCGGCGGGCGCGCCCGCGGCCCCCGCGUCCGCGCCCAGCGCCAACGGGCCCGCCGCCGCAGCCAUCGCACAACCAAUGGCCCCGGGUAGUGCACCGAUGUCUGGAGCGUCUUCGCCGGCUGGUGGUCAACCAGUUGGGAAAGCUCCGCAGAAC